AUGACCUCUUUGCCCUGCCCCCUCCCUGGCCGGGACGCCUCCAAAGCCAUCUUCCCGGACAUCGCCCCUGUCCCAUCGGUAGUGGCUACCUACCCGCUUGGCCUCUCCCCCGCAACCGCAGUCGCCCCCGAUUUGCCCUACUCUGGGCCCUAUGGCCACCUCCUGUCCUACUCUUACACUGCGCCGGCGACCCCGGGAGACUCCUACCUGCCCUGCCAGCAACCGGCGGCGCCCUCUCAGCAGGAGCCGAAGGCAGACUCGGAGAAGCCGCCGCUGUCCCCGGAGUCCUCGGAGCAGCGCCCGCAGGCCCCGACCAAGAAGCUCCGCAAGCCGAGGACCAUCUACUCGAGUCUGCAACUGCAGCACCUGAACCAGCGUUUCCAGCACACGCAGUACCUGGCGCUGCCCGAGAGGGCCCAGCUGGCCGCGCAGCUCGGCCUCACCCAGACCCAGGUGAAGAUCUGGUUUCAGAACAAACGCUCCAAAUACAAGAAGCUGCUGAAGCAGAACUCUGGAGGACAGGAAGGGGACUUCCCUGGGAGAGCCCCCCCCUUGUCUCCCUGCUCCCCGCCCCUUCCAGCCCUCUGGGAUCUGCCCAAGGCAGGGGCCCUGCCCACCAGUGGCUAUGGCAACAGCUUUGGAGCCUGGUAUCAGCAUCACUCCCCAGAUGUCCUGGCUCCAUCUCAGAUGAUGUGAGUCCCGGGAAGGGUGGGUCAGGCCCCUGUCCUCCACAAAGCCCAGGACCCAGCCCACCUGCACCCCUUCUGGUCCCAGAGGAAGCCAGCUCCAGAUGGAUUUUGUCAAGUGGACAAGGAGUUAGAGAGCAAGGAUGAGGUGGAGUCCUCUCUCCCUUGCCCUGUAACCCAAACGGCCUAAUCAGGACUUUGGUCUUAACCAUCGGCCCCACCACGACCGUGGACUGGACCCGGUCUGGACCCGUUCCCUCCAGCUGAUCAGGGGCUCUGGAGGGAGAGUUAUCGGCUGACUUCCCACCCCUUCCCUGGACUGCAGUCUACCACAGCCUGGGGGCAAAACUAAGAAACACUUGAGUAUUUUUUCCUCUCUGUGUGCCUUGGGCCUCACCCAACCCUGUUACGAGCAAAAGCAGAAGUGAAGUGGGCAUCCCGAGUCUUCACGAUGAGGACCAUCGGGUCCCCCCUCACCGAUUUUUCCUGGUGGUUGGCCCAUUAUCCCCAUGACUGGUACACCUCACCAUCUUGUGAGGGGGAAGAGAUGCCGAAAAUGUGGAGUUUGUGGACCUAUGGGUAAUUCAUGCUCUUCUCCUAAAAAAGCCUUCUUCCCAUGUCUAUUCAGUUAUAGUAGAUAACACAUCCAAUUAUCCUUGUAAUUCAACGGGUAUUUAUUAAGAGCCUAACCCCUCCUUUCCCAACCUUAAUACCUAAUAACUCCAUAUGCACACCCUCUUGGGAACCUGUAGGGUAACACUCUGGGGAGAAUGGGAGGGCAGACAGGCUCUCUGGAUGAGUGUAAGUAGAGACACCCCCAAAUAGGGAGGGUGGGCUGGCAGUUCAGCUCCUCACAGCUGUCUCUGUGCAAAGGAACUGCUCCUAUUUAUA